UCUGCCGGAAAUGUGAAUCUCAGGAGCGAGCAGCCAGGGUGAGGUGUGAGCUGUGCCCACACAAAGACGGGGCAUUGAAGAGGACUGACAAUGGAGGCUGGGCCCACGUGGUGUGUGCCCUCUACAUCCCUGAGGUGCAGUUUGCCAACGUGCUCACCAUGGAGCCCAUCGUGCUGCAGUACGUGCCUCAUGAUCGCUUCAACAAGACAUGUUACAUCUGCGAGGAGCAGGGCCGGGAGAGCAAGGCAGCCUCAGGAGCCUGCAUGACCUGUAACCGCCACGGAUGUCGACAAGCUUUUCAUGUCACCUGUGCCCAGAUGGCAGGCCUGCUGUGUGAGGAAGAAGUGCUGGAGGUCGACAAUGUCAAGUACUGUGGCUACUGCAAAUACCACUUCAGCAAGAUGAAGACAUCUCGGCACACCAGCGGGGGAGGCAGCGGAGGAACAGGAGGAGGAGGAGGAGGAGGAGGCAGUGCCACAGUGGGAGGUAGCAGUGGCUUCAUCACUGGCCGGAGAAGCAGGUCAGCUUCGCCAUCCACCCAGCAGGAGAAGCACCCUUCCCACCACGAGAGGGGCCAGAAGAAGAGUCGAAAGGACAAAGAACGCCUUAAACAGAAGCACAAGAAGCGGCCUGAGUCACCCUCCAGCAUCCUAACCCCACCUGUGGUCCCCACUGCUGACAAGGUCUCCUCCUCGGCUUCCUCCUCCUCUCACCAUGAGGCCAGCACUCAGGAGACUUCUGAAAGCAGCAGGGACUCAAAGGGGAAAAAGUCUUCCAGCCAUAGCCUGAGUCACAAGGGGAAGAAACUGAGCAGUGGGAAAGGUGUGAGCAGUUUCACCUCCGCCUCCUCCUCUUCUUCCUCCUCCUCUUCCUCCUCCUCUGGGGGGCCCUUCCAGCCUGCAGUUUCGUCCCUGCAGAGCUCCCCUGACUUCUCUGCAUUCCCCAAGCUGGAGCAGCCUGAGGAAGACAAGUACUCCAAGCCCACAGCCCCCACCCCUUCAGCCCCUCCCUCUCCCUCGGCCCCCGAGCCCCCCAAGGCAGACCUCUUUGAGCAGAAGGUGGUCUUCUCUGGCUUUGGGCCCAUCAUGCGCUUCUCCACCACCACCUCCAGCUCGGGCCGAGCCCGGGCCCCGUCCCCUGGGGACUAUAAGUCUCCCCACGUAUCGGGGUCCGGGGCCUCUGCAGGCACCCACAAGCGGAUGCCCACGCUGAGCGCUGCCCCUGUGCCUGCUGAGGAGACCCCUGAGACAGGCCUGAAGGAGAAGAAGCACAAAGCCAGCAAGAGAAGCCGACAUGGGCCAGGCCGACCCAAGGGCAGCCGGAACAAGGAGGGCACUGGGGGCCCAGCUCUUCCCUCCCUGCCUGGUGCCCAGCUGGCUGGCUUUACCGCCACUGCUGCCUCACCCUUCUCCGGAGGUUCCCUGGUCAGCUCCGGCCUGGGGGGUCUGGCCUCUCGUACCUUUGGGCCUUCUGGGAGCCUGCCCAGCCUGAGCCUGGAGUCACCCCUGCUGGGGGCAGGCAUCUACACCAGUAAUAAGGACCCCAUCUCCCACGGUGGCGGAAUGCUGCGGGCUGUCUGCAGCACCCCCCUCUCCUCCAGCCUUCUGGGGCCCCCAGGGACCUCGGCCCUGCCCCGUCUCAGCCGCUCCCCAUUCACCAGCACCCUCCCCUCCUCCUCUGCUUCUAUCUCCACCACUCAGGUGUUUUCUCUGGCUGGCUCUACCUUUAGCCUCCCUUCUACCCACAUCUUUGGAACCCCAAUGGGUGCCGUUAACCCCCUCCUCACCCAAGCCGAGAGCAGCCACACAGAGCCAGACCUGGAGGACUGCAGCUUCCGAUGUCGGGGGACCUCCCCCCAGGAGAGUCUGUCUUCCAUGUCCCCCAUCAGCAGCCUCCCGGCACUCUUCGACCAGACAGCGUCCGCACCCUGUGGGGGCGGCCAGUUGGACCCAGCGGCUCCGGGAACGACUAACAUGGAGCAGCUGCUGGAGAAGCAAGGAGAUGGCGAGGCCGGCGUUAACAUCGUGGAGAUGCUGAAGGCGCUACACGCGCUGCAGAAGGAAAACCAGCGGCUUCAGGAGCAGAUCCUGAGCCUUACGGCCAAGAAGGAGCGGCUGCAGAUUCUCAACGUGCAACUCUCUGUGCCCUUCGCUGCCCUGCCUACCGCCCUGCCUGCCGCCAAUGGCCCUAUUCCUGGACCCUAUGGCCUGCCUCCCCAAGCCGGCAGCAGCGAUUCCUUGAGCACCAGCAAGAGCCCUACAGGGAAGAACAGCCUGGGUCUGGACAACUCUCUGUCCACGUCUUCCGAGGACCCACACUCAGGCUGCCCGAGCCGCAGCAGCUCGUCGCUGUCCUUCCACAGCACGCCCCCACCGCUGCCCCUGCUCCAGCAGAGCCCUGCUACUCUGCCCCUGGCCCUGCCUGGGGCCCCAGCCCCGCUCCCACCCCAGCCGCAGAAUGGGCUGGGCCGGGCACCGGGGGCAGCAGGGCUGGGGGCUAUGCCCAUGGCUGAGGGGCUCUUGGGGGGGCUGGCGGGCAGCGGGGCCCUGCCCCUCAAUGGGCUCCUGGGGGGGUUGAAUGGGGCUGCUGCCCCCAACCCUGCAGGCUUGAGCCAGGCUGGCGGGGCCCCCACGCUGCAGCUGCCAGGUUGUCUUAACAGCCUAACCGAGCAGCAGAGACACCUCCUGCAGCAGCAAGAGCAGCAGCUCCAGCAGCUCCAGCAGCUCCUGGCCUCCCCACAGCUGACCCCGGAACACCAGACCGUUGUCUACCAGAUGAUCCAGCAGAUCCAGCAGAAGAGGGAGCUGCAGCGGCUGCAGAUGGCCGGGGGCUCCCAGCUGCCCAUGGCCAGCCUUCUGGCCGGAAGCUCCACCCCUCUGCUGUCCGCGGGCACCCCUGGCUUGCUGCCCACAGCAUCUGCCCCACCUCUGCUGCCUGCCGGGGCCCUGGUGGCUCCCUCACUUGGCAACAACACAAGUCUCAUGGCUGCGGCGGCCGCGGCCGCAGCAGUAGCAGCAGCGGGUGGCCCUCCAGUCCUCACUGCCCAGACCAACCCCUUCCUCAGCCUGGCAGGGGCGGACGGAGGUGGCCCCAAAGGAGGGACCGCUGACAAAGGAGCCUCAGCCAACCAGGAAAAAGGCUAAAUCCACCCACGCCCCUGCUGAUCCCCCAAGUGGAGGGGCAGAUCCUGGCCUGAGGGGUCCCAGCCUGGAGCGGGCACCUGUGCCCAGACACUGGAGAGCCCUGGCCCAGAGCAUGUGCUGAGGGCCGGGGGUUGUGGGGUGCUCCUGGUGCCGAGGACUGAGACCAAGAGGGGAGCCCUUUCCAUCUAGCCCCCCUUCCACUUUGCACUGGGCCUUUUGUGAGGGGCUCAGAGGGGGUCAGGCUCCAAGCCUGCCUAGGAGCCCCCAUUCUCAGUGAAUGUUUUGAGGUUUCCCAGAAAGCAUGUUAAGUGGGCCAUCGCAUAAGUGGGGGGUUGGUUGAAUCCACCACAUAAAAUGGAUCAGCACUUGUGUGGGAGAAGUAGGGGGGGUUUGGCCCUGGGCCUGCCCCUGUGCAGAAGUCUUCUAUAGAAGGAGGAAGAGCCCUGCUUGACCUGCGGUUUCUUCCCAACUUGGGCAGACGGCAGGAGGGCUCCCUGGGGCUGUUUCUUGCUGGGCCCCUUCCCCUGCCCCCCUACAAGGGUCACAAGCUGAGCUUGUAAAAGCCCACAGACUAAGAGGCUGAGGAAGGGGCAGGGUGGCAUCAAAUUCGGCCCAAGCCUCCCUACCUCUGGGGGGUAGGUCCCAGUGAUCAGCCGGGGGAGGGCAGGGGGAGGGCGGCCCAGCCCCCUCGGUGCCCUGCCCCUUGUUUGCACUAUUGGAUUUAGGAGUGCCGAGGGUGGGGAGAUGAAGCGGCCUGACUCAGAGAGCUUGUGUGUGUGUGUGUGUGUGUGUGCGUGCGUGCGUGCGCGCAAGCGUGCGUGUGUCUGUCUCUCCCUGGACCCCGGGCAGCCAAGGGCAGGGAGGGAAGCAGUGCUCAGAUGGGGCAGCAUCAGAGGGGCGCCCCUAGCUCUUGUUUGCACCCUCUCACCUCACCAACUUUAGUCCCUUUCUGGGGCCUGAAUGGUUAACAAAAACCAGAAGAGUACUCCAAUAUUGGAGAGUAACUGGGGGCUGGGGGCUUUGAAUCAGGGUGAUAUCCUGCCUUUCCUCCCCCAGACCUCGUGUGGUCUCAGUGCCCCUCCAAGCUCCCCUUCCGCCACUGAUUAUUGGUCCUGCUUCCCUGACACAAGGGGAGCCCCAGGGAUUAGGGGGUAAAGUGCCACUUCUUUCAGUGAAAACCUUCUUCCCAGAGUUAGCCCACCUGCCUCCCCCUUCCCUCCCCCCACCCCCACCAACCAGGGGAGACUUAAGCUUAAGCUGACCUAACAACUGUCCCUUCACCCACCAGCUAUUUCCCUGGGGUGUAGUGGGCAGUUCUCACCUUAAAGAGUCCCCACCUGCCCAGAGCCUUUGGUGGCCAAGGUUGAGGACAGAUGGGAUGGCAGGAGGGGGACGAGGUUGAAGCCUGUGUCUGUCUCGGGUGCACUGGGGUCCGAGCCGGGAGGGGGUGCGUCCAGCUUCCCUGAUGCCUGUGUCUAGUCAGUCUCUUUGCAUGUGCAGAUUUGUAUGUGUGUGUAUGUGUGUGUGUGUGUGUGUGUUUCUGUUUGGGUUUUUGUUGUUGUUGGUUUUGUUUUGUUUUUUAAAUAAAGAAAAGAAGAUGUGUAUAUUUUUGGCAACGACAGAAACGUAGUGCAGAUAUAUUUUUGCCUGUGCUGCUCAACUGGUUUUUUUCUGAUACUGAAAAUAAUAUUAAUAUUCCUGUUGAUAAGACUUUGUAAGAUGUUAGGGAGCUGAUAAUGGAGGGGGUGGGUGGGAAUCCUUCAGAGGCAAUUUCUUAGGCACUUGCAAGGGCUUAGGGGGAGGGGGGAGGCAGUUGUGAUGACCUCAGAAAUACUUUUUAUUAAUGCUAAAUAUCAGUUAGAAAGACAUGAUAGAAUUCAGCAUUUUAUUCAUCUUCAUCUAUUAAGCUCUCUAACUCCCUGCCCCCAAACCACUGAAAAGAAAAAACAACUUUCAGAGAUUCUUAGAAGAGAGGCUCAUUCACACCCACACCCUCGCCCAAGGUCAGCCCACUUAGAGCUGAAGUCAGCUUCUGUUCUGGAUGGUGAGGGAAGUCCAUCCACCCCAAGGCUGCUGUGGCAGAGGGUGAGAGGUCCCAAUGUCUUAUUGCACUGGAACCAAGAACUCCUCUUCCCUCCAGCACCUGAGAGCCUGGGGUUCUCAUCUCCAAGAGUCUGUUUUCCUACUUUCUCCAGGCUGGGUGCAGUGGCAGGUAGGCAGGUUAGAUUUGAAGAAGGUGCCUAGGCUGGGUAUGGGUUGGUGCAGUCCCAGGAUUUGGGGCAGGGGGCAUGACAGAGGUGGUGCAUUUUCCUCUUUGGAGGGAGCUUUAUAAUAGGCACGGUCUGGAACACUUCAGGAGGGAGCCGGGUCCCAGUGCCAGGGGUCCAGCUACCUUGACCCCACCCUCCUCUUUCAGCCUCAGUCCCUUUUUCUAGGAUGAAUUUGGAUGGGGAGCAGGAAGGGAUGCAGAUUUAUAGAUUGUUCUGUCUAGGUGAGGGGAAGGAUGUGGUUUGCAGGGCGGACGUGGAGCUUGAAAGUGUGGAGUGCUUCGUGUGUCAUACCCUCAGCACGGAGGUGUGAGUGGGCUGUGCAUGCAGAGCUGCUGUCUGGCCUGAGGUCACAAACUAGUGCAUGAAUGUCAGAGCUGGAAGGGACCUGUCUUUAGGGGUCGUGGGAGCCAGGUCCUGCUUCACAGGUGAUGGCUCCAAGCCUCAGAGGGGCAGGGGCUCAGGGGCAGAGCCAGGACCAGCCCUCAGGACCCUGGCCUCCUGGUCCUUGGCUCUCCUGCCCCACUGCGCUGCCUCCAUGUGGCUGUCUGUCCCUGUAUGUGUGUGACCUGCGGUGUGAAUGCAGGGCUGUGCCCGGGGUGGGGGGCAUCUGUGAAGCACUGUCUUAGCUCAGAGCUGAUGGAUCCUCUCCAGAGACAAUGACACUUUAAAAAUUGCCUUUUCUUUCUACUUUGAUUUUUUUCCUAUUUGUGUGUGAGUUUUUCCCCUCAGGCUCCUGGGUCUACUGCUGCCUCCCUGUGCCCUUACCUUGAGGCUGAUGAGAGCACCCCGCCCACUCCUGUCCUGAGUUCUAGGGAAGUCCUCCUAGGAAGGGCCUGGACAGUGAGGGGGACUGGAGCCAGGGAGAGAAGGACCCAGCUCUGAGAGACGGCGACCUCCUCCACACGUCCCUUUCCCAACUGGAAAUGCAGACAAGUUUUCAAAGGCACAGGCUCCCCCUGCCAGCUUCCAGCAUCUUCCUUGGUGUGUGGUGGGCCCAAGUUAGGGGCAGGCAGCUUGUUCCAGAUUCUCCUUUUUAUCGCAGCUGGUUUUCCUGGGGAGAGGUGCCUGGAGGGAUUAAUGGGGAACUUGCAGGAAAGCAAGGGCGAUACCCUGGCUCCUUCCAAUCACAUCAAUCCAGGUUAAAAGUGUGUCUGGCUCCCAACCACUUUGACUUGAUCUGCUGAAACGUUGGGAACUGAGGGGUGCCUUUGUUGCCCUUUGUUCACUUCCUCCAGCUUCCUUCUUAGGACUUAGGUGGUGGGGCUGGAGACUCAAACCCUGGCUCCCACCCUGUCCCCCUCUUUCCAUCCUAGCCUGUCUCAAUGUAGCAGACACUUCCUAGGGGAGCAGGGAGGGGAAGCCACAGUUUGCAAACCCAGGGGCUCCUUUUUCAUUCUUUCUAAAGCCUCCUUUAUAUCCUCAACCCAAAAGGCAAUGCCCCUCCCCUUGCCACCUCCAAGUCUGGAAUUGUGCAUAACACGGAUCUUGUAUCUUUGUAUAACGGAUGUUAUUUGUACGAAGGGCAGUUCGUAAACAGCACUUGUUCUUUUAAUAAAAGAAUGUUUUACAAAAAAAAAA